ACAAGCCAUACUCGGGUUGACUCACCUAAACAUUCCAGUUUUAAGCCAUUGUACCAAUGUUGUUAACCAACUUCUGUUUUAUUUUCAUAAAAAAAAUUAUAAUAAUUCAACAAAUACCUGGAUGUUUCCCCAUUUACCUACACAGUGCCAUUAUCAAAUUUCCUUCUCACAGUACUUGGCAGUACAUUCCAUUUGUCCUGUGUUUAGAGUGGUGUGUGUUGGAUUUUGAGGGUCAAGGUCAUUAAUGGUGUUUUUUUCUGACAAUCCUGUAAAAUGUCUUCCACAGAUUCCUUCCUCAAUCAGAAACCCAGAUCGGUCUCAGUGGAUCUCCUCUUUGAAACUUAUGCCUUCAAAGAACCUGAUGUCCAUUCCCUUUCAGCUCACCACAUUCAAGACUGUAACAUUGAGCCCAAAGAUAAAAAAAGAAACCCCUUACCUGGUAAUUGAGCGCAGCAGGGAUAAUCUGAGUGAUUCUCAACAAGAACACAGAAGAGGUGGUCUCACCCAGACUGAAGCUGAUAAAUUAUGUUCUUCCAAAGGGCCAACAGACAACUUGUCAGGUCCUACAGAGCAAUGUAAUGGUUGCAGUAACUUACAGAGUGAAGGAAGUCAUAAAGAAUUAUGCCAGUUGGAAGCCCCUUAAAAGAAUAUUCUAACACCAAAGGCAGCCACAUAUUCAUCAACUUCCUCUUCUUCCUCAUCUUCAGGAACCAACAACAAAUCACACUCUCCUCGAAUGACUCUGCCAGAUGAGAAGAGUCAAGUGUCCCUCCAAGACAGUGCUCUCUCUCGCCUUAUUGAUGCUGUCUCACUAGAGAAUGAGUAUGACACCUGUGGGUCCAUUUCUGUUCUGAUUGGCCUAUUUGAGCUCACUGCUGAGCAGAGCUCCCUAAUUCCAUUCAACUCACAACCCAUGAAAUAUUCUCUUCCUCCAUUUGACCUUCCUCGUCUCAACAAUGAGCUUUCCAGCACUAAAAGUUAUCCAAAAAUCUGUGUGCUCAACCUCAGAGAUAUCCGAGAGACCUUCUAGUCCUAAAACGACUGAACCUGCAGUCUUUACCAUCUUGGAUGAGGAGGUGCUUUCUCCUGUAUCGACAAACAGUCUUUGUCAAAACAACUUUCGAAAUGACUUGGUUGGUUCUCCUGUGGUCAGCCAGGGAUCUUCACCCAUCAAGAUGCCUUUAGAAUGGUCUGCACAUGGAACUCUAAAGCAAAGCUAUAGCAGCCAAUGCCAUUCCACUGGUUCCUGCAGAAAUUUUGAAUUUGGAGGAUACAGAGAAUCCUCAAUCAAUAGCACAGCCUCAGACUGCUUCUUGCUGUGCCAAGAAUUUACAAGCAGCGGUCUGAUGGAGGAGGAGAUCAAUGUAGAUGAGGAUCCCUUAGACAACACAUUGACCCCUUUGAGUCCUCUUCACGACUUCAAAAGUGUUCAAAGCUUAAACCAGACCUCCCCCUAUCAUGUACAAAGACUUGAACCAACCCAUCUCCACAAACUCUCAUACAAUCCCUCUCCUGUUCACUCAUACUCCACGGAAACAUCCCUCUCGCACAGACCCUACCAGUCUCCACACCAAAGUCUGAACUCUAGCACCUACCUUACUAACAAAUUCCAGCCAAGGAAGUUUAACUGUUAUAAUGACUCUGGGAGAUUUACCCUUGGUGAUCACAGAAUAGAUACCACAGAAGGAAGGCACCAGGAGACAAGAGACCAGAAUAGCUUGGUCAGCAGAGCAGAGCAUUUAAACAAAAACUCUUUGUCCUCAGAAUAUCUUGCAAAGACUCAAGGCUGUCAAAAUGUGUUAAAGAGGGACUUGUACACAUCUGUAUCAGACUACAAUGAAUCACAAGACUCUUAUUCCUGGCCAUCUCUGCAAAAACAGGGCUUUCCUGUACCUCCUGCUCAGAUGUACAAUGGGCUCUCUCCAGCUUCUUCCAAGUCCAAGAGCCUGGGAGACCUGACAUCUGUGGACAUUUCGGGCCCUAUUCUAACGAUCUGAAACGCAAGUGUCAAAGCGCGAAGCGCAAGUAACUUUGUGGGCGGGUCUCGGCGCUGUUGCUAUUUUCCCGGCGGGAUAAAUGGCUCUUGCGCCCGGCGCAAAUCUAAAAUGGGUUGGUCUGAAGUAGCUUCAUUAUUCAUAGGUGUGGUUUGGGCGUAACGUGAAAUAAACCAAUCAGAGCAUCAUCCAACAUUCCCUUUAAAAGCAGGUGCGCAAGUUCCAUUAUGGAUUGCUAUUAUUAUGGCGUAUUUACCAGGCGCACGCCAGGAGCGGUUCACAGUCGAGGAGACUGAUGUUCUUGUAAGAGCAGUGAAAGACAGAGAAGUUGUGUUGUAUGGGGAUGGGAGAAACCC